GGGCUGAUUGCUUCUGGAAGCGACGACGCAAGCAAACGGCGAGAAAGCAUCAGCAGUAUCAACACCAUCGUACAUCACUAGUUUGACCAAAAGCUGCUGCAAACUGUACUGCCCUUCUUGGAAACACGACCAAAGACGCAUUCACAAGCACGCAGACUCGCGGAAGACGUUCGACACCUCCCCCCUUCCCCCAACAACAGCGCAGACAGAAGACAGAAGAAAAACUCGCAACAUCGGUCGCACCGACAACAAGAAGGCCAGACAAGCAAAGCUCAACCGAAGCUCACCAACCAUGGGCAAGGACUACUACAAGCUGCUUGGCGUCAACAAAGGCGCCUCGGCCGAAGAGAUCCGCAAGGCGUACAAGAAGAACGCCAUGAAGUAUCACCCUGACAGGAACAAGGCUGCAGAUGCCAAGGAAAAGUUCCAGGCCAUUUCAGAGGCAUACGAGGUGCUGUCAGAUGAGACAAAGCGCAAGAUCUACGACCAGUAUGGAGAGGAGGGCCUGAAGGGCGGUGCCCCAGACACGUCUGGUUUCUCCGGCUUCCACUUCUCCCCAAGGAAUGCGGAGGAUAUUUUCUCGCAGUUCUUUGGCGGCAGUUCGCCCUUUGGUGACAUGGGCGGUGGUAUGGGUGGUGGCAUGGGUGGUGGGCACCCGUUUGCCGCGUUCAUGGGCGGUAUGGGCUCCGACGGCGGGCCCUUUGGCGGUAUGGGCGGAUUCCAGCAGCAGCGCAGCCGUGGCGGCAUGCCUGGCGCGCGACGACAGCAGCAGCAGCAGCAGCAGGCGCCGCCGCAGAAGCCCGAGGUUGUGGUGCGAGACCUGCCCAUCUCGCUGGAGGACCUCUUCCAUGGAUUCACGAAGCGCCUGCGCAUCACCCGCAAGAUCCAGGACUCGAGCGGCAACGUGCGCUCGUCUGCUGAGGAGAUUACGGUCAACGGCAAGCCCGGGUGGAAGGCUGGCACGAAGCUGACAUACCACGGCAAGGGCGAUCAGUACUAUGGCCGCCCUGCCCAGGACAUCCAGAUUGUCAUCAAGGAGAAGCCGCACCCGCGCUUCCGCCGCGAGGGCGACGACCUCCACAUCGACAUGCAAGUGCCGCUUGUCGACGCACUGUGCGGAUUCGAGCGAUCAGUCCACACCAUCGACGGACAAGCACUCAAGGUGCAAGUGAGGCAGGCGCGGCCCGAUGUUCCGCAUCGGGUGUCCGGAAAAGGCAUGCCGCGGAAGAAGGGCGGGCGCGGGGACCUACUCAUCCACUUCAAGGUGCAGUACCCGACGCUGACUCCGCAGCAACAGCAGGAGAUCAGGCGUGUCCUCUCGUCCUAAGGGGCAACGUGAAGCCAACAAGAGUUGGGAGGGGGUGACAAGAAGCCUGAAGACGUGGUGGUGAUGGUGGUGGUGGUGGUGACAUGUGUUUGUGGUGCGACAAGAUGCGCUGGGUGGCUUUCAUGCUUGAGUUGUCUUGCAGCUGUGCGUGAGAGGUCGGUGUGGCUUGCUUCUUGGCGGCAGCUUGAGACCAAGGUGUUCAUCAUUUUGUUUACUGCUCAAUAAUACAAUACAAUACAAUGCAAUACGAUAAUGCAAUCUCUGUGUGCAAAGACCGUGAAUAC